AUGAAAGAGGAAGAAGCUGAAGAGGCGCGCCGUGCUGCUGAGGAAGAGGACGCUAAUGACGAUGAGGCGCCGCGUGGCGCAAGGUCUGACGAUGAUGACCCAAUCAGUGAUGUCGAAGGCAGUGACCCAGAAGAUGAGACUGAGCAACAGUCUCGAGCAAUUGAGACAGCAUACGCCAACUUGCAGAAGGGUGCAACGCAGAAAUCCUACGGAGGGGGCACGCGCUACUAUAGAUCGCACAGUUGGCUUAACAGUCACGUUAAGGCGUUUCAGUGGGCUUAUCGAACGUACCCCAGGCGUGCGGACGCAAUUGUACAAGACCUAAGGAAGCUCAAGGCUGUACAGAAUGUCUUGAAAGCAGCCAAAGAAAGAGACGCGAACCAGUCCAAAGAAACUGACUUCCUCUGGUUGAACUCGGCGUUGGGUCGCGGACAAGACGCUACAAACCGUCAGCUGCCAGACCAGUUUUCCUACAGUCUCCAGUUUGUCGGACCGGACGUUGCAGACGUAUUUGCAACGGUGACGCGCAACGAAAAAACCAACCAGAACGGACGUGCUAAGUUCAUCGGGGCAAUGCGCCACCGCAACGUGAUCAACUGUUGCGUGGGAGCCGAGGCUAUGCGUAGCUUCUACAGGUUCCAUGUGCAAGACCGGGCUGAGAACUCGUGCCCCGACUUCAGCAGUCGAAGAGCUUGGUACGACACUCCUGUAGCUCCGGGACGUGCCACAAAACGAAAGCGCGAGAAAGGGAGUCAGGGAGUCACCUACCAGACAUACUACGACUACUUUAAGAAGGCCUUCCAAGCCAACGGUAUCACCUCGGACAAGGUGGUGCAUGCCGGACGUGGGCAUAGAGCUAGAGCAGCUGCGGCAGCCGGAGCCAAAGAGAGGGAAAUCCAAGGCCUGGGGCAGUGGACGUACGCUCAGUUCGACAUGUCCUAUUUGACCUCCCUGCCCGCCAAAGCCCUCAUCAUCCAAGCCGGCUUCACCGAGGACUGGAUGGAUCGCCGACCCCUGAUGCAGACGUACGUCAUCCCCCGCUCGCGCGUUCACCCCCCCGAGGAACUCCUUCAACUGGUCUUUCCCUGGUUGGACGAGGCUCUAGUAGUCGUCAAGAAGAACGGAGAACCCCCCCAUCAACUCCCCGACCCAGCCCUGGGGAUUCGAGCCCCUCCGUUCGGGUUUCCCGACUGGAAUGAGCUCCUCCGUUCAAUUCUCCUGUCUGAAACGGAGAAACCUCGGCCCCCGCCUCGCCCCGGUUUCCUGACUAGCCCCCGGGAAACGGAGCACCUUCGUUCAGGUUUUCCCAACCGGCACGGACAACUGACGCCCCGAACGUCUAAACAACCCCGGGGGCUCGGUUCCCCGGGGGGCUCCGAACACCUCAAUCGGUUACCCCGACCGUUUCAGUAUACCGACGACCCCGGUGUUCAGGCCGACCCCGGGGAGUCCGAGCACUUCCGUCCAUCAGAUCGCCGAAGCCUCACCACACGCAAUCUCGAGCAACCAGCCCGCAUCAGAGACAUCGCCGCCGAAGCGUACCUUGUCCGCCCCGGGAAGGAACGGAUUAUCUUCUUGCAAGAUGCAGCGGUGCUGUGGGACGAGUGGAAAGACCUGGUCUUUUACCAGGACCCCGUCUUCUAG